AUGAACACUUUUCCCCAGCUAAUCUACCAACAAAACGGUUCUCCGAAUGGUCAAGUAUCCCCAAAUCAUUCACCCACCCGUUCACCCUCACCACCAAUCGUAUCUCCGGGUCAAACGUCACCGUCUCUCGGUUAUCCUAACCAUGGUGUUCCAACGAUGUAUGGCGGUGGUAACAUGCCCUUGUACCCAUUUCAACCGAAGUUACAAACGAAGAUAUUAACGCACGCGUUUAGUUCACACAAUCUCCCUAACCAAACCUCGGGACCUCCUGGACAAGCAUUAAUGCCUCCGGCAUCACUUGCCAUAAAUCAACAACAAAUGAAUGCUUUUUCCACGGAUGUAACCAAUCUGUCAAUGGGCAACAGUCUGACCGGAAUAAGUUCGACACACUGGCAACACCAGCUCAAUUACGCACAGUUAUCUCGUCAGUCAGCCUCCCCGCAUCACCACGCCCGGCAAGCAGCAGUUGUAGCCCGGAAUUGUAAUCUUCUAAAUGCGGCAAUCGCGAUAACGGAUCCGAAUAACCCAAAUAAACCUCCACUGAAUGGCGUGCAAACAAAAAAAGAUGCAAAUGGGGAUAAGCAGGAUCAGCCAUUUCAGCAGUGGAUGACAAUUGAUCUGGGUGGUAUGGGCCUCAAGAACAUUAGCAAAGAACUUUUCCAAUAUAAUUUCCUCACCACCCUCUUCAUAAAUUAUAAUAAUCUGACCUACAUCUCACCGGAAAUUUCCAAGCUAAGAAACCUUGUGAUGUUGGAUAUAUCUGGUAACAAGUUGUCUAAUGUUCCACCUGAGAUGGGUAUGCUGACGAAUUUAAGAGAUCUAUUGUUGUUCGACAACAACCUUGUGUCAUUGCCAUAUGAGCUGGGCACGCUAUAUAAAUUGGAGACUCUCGGAAUAGAAGGAAACCCAAUAAAUGAUUCAAUUAAGAAUUUGCUGCAAAAGGAGGGUACACCGGCAGUGAUCUCAUUUUUGCGGGAUAAUUGUCAAGUACCUCCACGUCCAAUGGAAAGGAGUUGGAUAACGUUGGAGAACGAGCCCGCUAGUGGAGAUCGUGAUACCUUUACCCUACUUUGCUACAAUAUCCUUUGCGAGAAGUACGCAACAACGCAAUUGUAUGGUUAUACUCCCUCAUGGGCUCUCUCAUGGGAUUACAGAAAAGAUCGAAUCAUGAAAGAAGUGUUGUCCUACAAUGCAGAUAUUCUGUGCCUUCAGGAAGUUAACACGUCUCAAUAUGAAGAUUACUUCAAAGAAGCCUACGCCAAACUCGGAGAUUACGAGAGUGUUUACUGGCCAAAAUCACGCGCAAAGACAAUGUCUGAUUUGGAAAGAAAGUCGGUCGACGGAUGUGCGACAUUUUUCAAGGCAACAAAAUACCAGUUGAUCGACAAACAGUUGAUCGAAUUUAAUCAAGUUGCAUUACAGAGAUCAGACAUCAAGAAAACCGAAGAUAUGUUCAAUCGUGUUAUUACCAAAGACAAUAUAGCGGUAGUGACAUUGCUUGAGAACAAAGAGAAUUUUUCACGUAUUAUCGUUGUUAACUGUCAUAUUCAUUGGGAUCCAUCAUAUGCCGACGUUAAACUUGUUCAAGUUGCGAUGUUGAUGGAUGAAUUGGACAAGCUCGCCCAAAAAUGGUGCACUUUACCCAACAAAUCACUUUACAAUUACAGUGAACCACAAAAAAUAUCAACCAUCAUCUGUGGUGAUUUUAACUCGACCCCUGAUUCGGGCGUCUACGAAUUCCUCUCACGAGGCACCAUAGGACAAGACCAUAACGAUUUCGGUGAUCAUAUAUAUGGAUCCUACACCUCGGAGGGAUUGUCCCACAAACUAUCACUAAAAUCUUCUUAUUCCAACAUUGAGGAAUUGCCUUUUACUCAUUUCACGCCUUCAUUCACCGGUGUUAUUGAUUACAUUUGGUAUUCUACAAACACAUUGACUGUUACUGGCUUAUUGGGUGGUGUAGACAGAGAAUACUUGUCCAAAAUGGUCGGAUUCCCGAAUGCACAUUUUCCUUCCGAUCACCUUUUAAUCCUUUCCGAGUUCCGAGUUAAACCUCCACAAACGAUACCACAACAACAACCGCCAAAUUUCGUUGGUCUGGCGGGCGCGAGCAGCAGUGGCUCACAACGGAGAUUUUCAUCUCAACUGGGUUCUAAGAAGUAG